UUCUAUAUUAAACGACACCACAUCCCCGCCCCCUCGGGACGGCCCUGGGCUGCUCAUUACAGACGUCCGAACGCGCGUUGUCGAUCAUGAAGUACCUUCAGGUUACUCAGCUGCUCUUAGCUGCUGCCGCGCCUAUCAGGGCGGCCUUCACGUGGCAGAAUGUCAAGAUUGGAGGUGGCGGAGGUUUUGUUCCAGGGAUUGUCUUCCACCCCAAGACGGCCGGGGUAGCCUACGCAAGGACAGAUAUCGGCGGCCUUUACAGGCUGAACUCGGACGACUCAUGGACGGCGGUCACGGACAGUCUGGCCACCGAUGCAGGAUGGAACAACUGGGGCAUUGAUGCUGUUGCUCUGGAUCCUCAGGAUGCAAAUAAGGUGUAUGCGGCGGUGGGCAUGUACACCAAUUCCUGGGAUCCGAAUAACGGCGCUAUCAUAAGGAGUUCAGACAAGGGCGCAACAUGGAGCAGCACCCGACUUGCCUUCAAGGUUGGGGGCAACAUGCCAGGGAGGGGCACUGGAGAGCGAUUGGCCGUCGACCCGCAGAACUCCAAGAUCCUCUAUUUCGGGGCCCGCAGCGGCAAUGGCUUGUGGAAGUCAACAGACGCUGGCGUGACGUGGUCUCAGGUUACCAGCUUCAAGGCUGUGGGGACGUUUCGUCCUGACCCUUCCGACCCGAACGGCCUCAACUCGGACAUACAGGGUCUCACUUUCGUGACCUUCGACUCGGGCUCGAAGUUGGUCAAUGGAGCCACGUCUCGAAUCUUCGUCGGCACCGCAGAUAACACCACAGCCACCGUGUACGUCUCCGAGGAUGCCGGCGCGACCUGGUCUGCCGUUCCCGGCCAGCCCGGAAAGUAUUUCCCGCACAAGUGCAAGCUCCAGCCGAAGGAGAAGGCGCUCUAUCUCACGUACUCGGACGGAACGGGCCCUUACGAUGGCACUUUGGGUUCAGUCUGGCGCUUCGACAUCACCUCCAAAACGUGGACCAACAUUACUCCCGCCUCGGGGGACGAUCUCUACUUUGGGUUUGGUGGUCUUGGUGUCGAUAUGCAGAAACCCGGCACUCUCGUUGUCGCAACCUUAAACAGCUGGUGGCCCGAUGCCCAGCUAUUCAGAUCAACCGACUCAGGCGCCACUUGGUCUCGGCUGUGGGAAUGGUCAAGCUAUCCUGACAUGAACCUCUAUUAUUCGAUGUCGACAACCAAGGCUCCCUGGAUCUCGCCCUUCAUUAAGUCGGACACAAAGGUGCUGGGAUGGAUGAUCGAGGCCCUCGAAAUCGACCCGCUCAACAGCGACCACUGGCUCUACGGCACCGGCUUGACCAUGUUCGGUGGCAGAGACCUGACUAAGUGGGAUACCAAGCAUAAUAUCUCGAUCCAGGUCAUGGCAGACGGCAUCGAGGAGAUGAGCGUCCAGGAGGUGGUCUCUGCUGUGGGCGGAAGCGAGCUCCUCGUCUCUGUCGGCGACGACAAUGGGUUCACGUUUAAGAGCAAAGCCGACCUCGGGACGGCUCCAAAGACCUUCUGGCAAAACCCGACAUGGUCGACCAGCAGCUCGGUUGAUUAUUCGGGGAAUCAUCCUGCCAACGUCGUUCGCGUAGGUAAUACGGGAGGCUCUGAUACCCAGCAGAUAGGCAUUUCAAGCGACGGAGGAGCAACCUGGAACAUCCAUUACGGCGCAUCAACCAGUCAGUAUGGCGGCAGCGUGGCCUACUCCGCCGAUGCCGACACAAUCCUCUGGAGCACAUCGUCGCAGGGCGUGCUCCGCUCGCAAUACCAGGGCAGCUUCACCAAGAUCUCCAGUCUCCCGGCCUCGGCCGUGAUCGCCAGCGACAAGCGCAACAACUCCUACUUCUACGGCGGCUCCGGGAGCUCCUUCUACGUCAGCUCCAACGCCGGCAGCACCUUCGCCAAGGCCGGAACCCUGGGCAGCGCCAAGGCGAUCCGCGACGUAGCGGCGCACCCGACGACGGCCGGCACCGUCUUCGUCAGCACCGACGCCGGCGUCUUCCGGUCGACCGACUUUGGCGCCACCUUCGCGGCGGUGGGCGGCGCCGUGACCGACACGCAGAAGAUCGCCCUGGGCCUCGGCUCGGGUUCGGCCUGGAACCUGUACGCCUUUGGCGACGGCCCCGCCGGGAAGAAGCUGUACGCCACCGCCGCGACCGGCGCUCCCGCCUGGGUUGAUAUCCAGGGCAGCCAGGGCUUCGGUGCCAUCACGGCUUGCGUGCUGGCGGGCAGCGCCAAUAACGCCGGACAGGUCUACGUCGGCACCAACGGCCGUGGCGUCUUCUGGGCCCAGGGCACCGUCGCCGGUGGUGGCGGCGGCGGCACGACGAGCACGAGUACGAGCAAGAGUACGACGGCCACUCCCACUACCACCACCAGCAGCACGAAGACUACUCCGAGCACGUCAACGACCAGCACGAAGACUACCCUGACCACGUCCACGACCAGCUCUGCGCCGCCGGCAACUGGUACGGGCGUAUCCAAACACUGGGAUCAGUGUGGCGGGAUUGGGUGGACAGGUCCGACGGCCUGCGAGUCGCCGUAUGCUUGUGCGAAACAGAAUGAUUGGUACAGCCAGUGCCUGUGAGCGGACUGUGGCGGGAAGCUGACGGAUCGCGGCAUCGUGUUGACCGGAAUUGCGGUGUAGUCCGUACAUGGUCUUAGUUUCAUUUGCCGACGUUUAAUUUGUCCAUAUUCUUAGCCUCUUAGGCUCACCACCUAUAUUCGUCGGCGAGCCAUGUGUAUAUCCUGCAUAGUAUGUUCUUUAUUCCUGGUUCUUCCUCCACCUAAGUCAGGGUAUCCUUGCCAGGUGCAGGACAGCCAUCUUGUCAAAGUUUGCGAUUGGAUUGCAUCUGUUCCAGUGCAAACGCGGUGUGUCGCCCAUUGGCCCAACCGUCCCGCCGGAGCAUG